AGCGCAGGCUGGGAUAGGCUACGGGGCGGGGUGAGGUCGGGUGUGUUUGGGGGUGGAUGGGGGGCGAGGUGGGGCGCCCCUGCAGCCAGCUCGGGGCUCCGGACCCCGGGAUGGGACUUUUUCUCGCGCACAAAGUGGAUUGCGUUGCCAGGAGGGGAAGGCGCUGGGGGCUCGCUUUCUUUCUCUUUCCCCUCCCUCCCGCACUCCCGCGGGGGAACCAAAUCAGAACUGUCACUCAGGGCCUGUGAGUCAGAAGGGAUCGGAUUACACGAUCCCUGAAACCGAUGCCGGAGCUGCACGAGCGGGAGGAGCAGGCAGGGCCAGCGCCACCGGCGCGCUCGCUCACUCGCCUUCGCGCACACCCGCCCGCCCGCCCCGCGCCCCGCACCCCGCGCCCCGCGCCCCGCGCCCCGCGCCGCACCAUGCCCGCCGCGGGCGCACCGUGCGCCCUGCCCGCCCGCUCCCGGUAGCCCGACCCGCCGGUGGCCGCGCACAGCUGGGAGCCGCCCCCUCGCGUCCCGGGACGCGGGUCUAUGGGAAGUUCUGGGACUUGACAGCCGCGGCCGCCGCAGGAGAGCACAAACACGCACACGCGCGCGCAAAGCAAAGCAAAGCAACUGCUGGGGAGUCUUCCUGGUAGAAGAGAGCUGAAGUAAUGAGAAGAUACCAUGGAGGCCCAGUCCCAUAGCUCCACGACCACUGAGAAGAAGAAAGUUGAGAAUUCCAUCGUGAAAUGCUCCACUCGGACGGACGUCAGCGAGAAAGCUGUGGCCUCCAGCACGACCUCCAAUGAGGAUGAAAGUCCUGGACAGACGUACCACAGAGAGAGAAGAAACGCAGUCACCAUGCAACCCCAAGGUGCGCAGGGACUCAGCAAGAUCAGUGAGGAGCCUUCAACAUCUAGCGACGAGAGGGCCUCGCUGAUCAAGAAGGAGAUCCAUGGGUCCCUGCCCCACCUGGCUGAGCCUUCUGUGCCCUACCGUGGGGCUGUGUUUGCCAUGGACCCCAGGAAUGGCUAUAUGGAGCCUCACUACCAAAGGACCACACUUUGAGUCGGGUUGUAUGCGGAUACUGUAGUUGGAGGCAGAGUUUCUGACUACAGUGUACAUGCUGUUCACUACAAAAGAAUCCAGGU